AAAAAUUGAAAGCCGAUAUAAUACACCAAAUGAACACACUUAUUUAUUGUGAUAAAGCAAAACGCACACGCCUUAGAAAAACCACUCUACUUAACUCUUGAGCAAUUGUAUUCCAAGUGACGUUAAAUCAGUUAAAUUUAUAUUUCUUGAUAUUUUUGUAACAACUGAAAAAGAGUUUAAAAUGGCUCUUCGAAAAGUUAAAGGAAACUUUGAACGAAUAUUUGACAAGAACCUCACAGAUCUUGUAAGAGGGAUUAGAAACAAUAAGGAAAAUGAGAUAAAAUAUAUAUCUCAAUGUAUGGAAGAAAUAAAACAAGAAUUAAGACAAGAUAAUAUUGCAAUCAAAGCAAAUGCUGUAGCCAAACUUACAUAUUUGCAAAUGCUUGGCUAUGAUAUUAGUUGGGCUGGAUUUAAUAUCAUAGAAGUUAUGUCUUCUUCUAAAUUUACAUUUAAAAGAAUUGGAUAUUUGGCUGCUAGUCAAAGUUUUCAUAUGGAAUCUGAGUUACUAAUGUUAACAACUAAUAUGAUUCGUAAAGAUUUAAAUAGUUCUAAUCAGUAUGAUGCUGGAUUAGCCUUAAAUGGAUUGUCAUGUUUUGUUAAUCAAGAUUUAGCUAGAGAUUUAGUUAAUGAUAUAAUGACUUUAUUAACUUCUACUAAACCAUACUUGAGAAAGAAAGCAGUACUAAUGAUGUAUAAAGUAUUUCUUCAAUUUCCAGAAGCAUUAAGGCCAGCAUUUCCAAGGUUGAAGGAGAAAUUAGAAGAUCCAGAUAGUGGAGUACAAUCAGCAGCAGUCAAUGUAGUUUGUGAAUUGGCUAGGAAAAAUCCAAAAAAUUAUUUAAGUUUAGCACCGGUAUUUUUUAAAUUAAUGACAACAUCCACAAACAAUUGGAUGCUCAUCAAAAUUAUUAAAUUGUUUGGUGCAUUGACUCCUUUAGAACCUAGACUUGGUAAAAAAUUGAUAGAACCACUUACAAAUUUAAUACACAGCACAUCAGCGAUGUCUCUUUUAUACGAAUGUAUAAAUACGGUUAUAGCUGUACUAAUUUCAAUAUCAUCGUCUUUACCAAAUCAUUCAGAUUCAAUUCAAUUAUGUGUACAAAAGUUAAGAAUACUUAUAGAGGAUACAGACCAAAAUUUAAAGUAUUUGGGUCUGUUAGCAAUGUCAAAAAUUUUAAAAACUCAUCCAAAGAGUGUACAGGCGCAUAAGGAUCUCAUAAUGCGAUGCUUAGAUGAUAAAGAUGAAAGUAUAAGAUUACGAGCUUUAGAUUUACUUUAUGGAAUGGUAUCUAAAAAAAAUUUAAUGGAAAUCGUUAAAAAAUUAAUGAUACAUAUGGAAAAAGCUGAGGGCACAACAUAUAGAGAUGAAUUAUUAUCAAAGAUUAUUCAAAUAUGUUCUCAAAAUAAUUAUCAAUUUAUUACCUAUUUUGAAUGGUACAUAUCAAUUCUUGUUGAAUUAACAUAUAUGGAAGGAACAAAGCAUGGGCAAUUAAUAGCAACAAAAUUAUUAGAUGUUGCAAUUCGUGUACAAGCUAUUCGUAAAUAUGCAGUGCAACAAUGUGCAAUACUACUUGAUAAGGCAUGCCUUCUGACAGGACAACCACGAGCAACUAUGUCUGAAGUGCUCUAUGCAGCUGCAUGGAUAUGUGGUGAAUUUUCCAGUGAAUUGGAACAUCCAAUAGAAACUUUACAAUCAAUGCUGAAACCUCAGGUAUCAAACUUGCCUGGUCAUAUACAAGCAGUUUAUGUUCAUAAUAUUUUGAAAUUAAUUGCUGUUAUUUUAAAUAAAACUAAUAAGACUGAUAUUGAUCCAAUACAGCAGAUUGCUGAUAUAAAAUGCAAAUUAGUAGAAUUCGUUUGUAGUAGUGAUUUAGAAGUUCAAGAACGAUCAAGUUCUGCUGUAGCUUUACUUGAAUGUUUGAUAGAAAAUCCUAAUAUAAGCAAAGAAAUUUCUGAAGCUUUUGGUGGUGAAUUAAAUCCAGUAGCUCCUAAAGCUCAGAGAAAGGUGCCAAUUCCGGAUGAUUUAGAUCUUGAUUCUUGGAUUAAUGAUCCUCCUAUUGAAAGUUCAGAUUCUGAAAAUAUGGAUAUGAUUGAUAUUUUUGUUAAAACAGAAAAAGUCAAAGAUAAUUUCAAUAUAAUAAAAUUACCUGAACUAACUGUUGAAGAAUUAGAAAUGAGACGUAAAGCAAGAAAACUAGAACAACAAAAUAAUCCACAUUACUUGAAAAAUUCUACAACUCAUAAAAAAAUGACAUUUUACAAUAAAUCUGUAAAUAAUAAUAAAUAUUGUGAAAACAUUCCAAUUGCUGAAUUAAAUAUACCAAUAUCUUUAAAAGUUACCGAUUCUUUUCUUUCAAAUAAAUAUUUUGAUAUCAAUCAAAUCAAGAAAAGAAAAUCUCGAAAAAAUGAAAAAUCUAGUAGUUCUGAUGAUGAAUCUUAUCCAGUACAAUUAGUAAAUAAAGGAAUUGGAGAAUUACCACCUGGAGCUGCAUUAAGUGAUACUGAUGAUAAUAAUACAAAUGAUGUAAAUGAUCCUCAUCGAGCUCUUAAUAUUGAUCUAGAUAGACCUUUACGAGAGGAUGAACGAUUACCUACAGUGGAGCAUCGAUUACGAGAUACACCUAUCAUAUGUAAUGUAUACGACAAGACAAUUCAUAAAUCAGAAAAGGUAUAUAAAAAACAAAGAAAGAAACACUGUUUUAAGGAAAGUAAAGAAAAUAAAGAAUUAAAAAUUAAUCAAGAAGUUGAUUUAAUAAAAGUAGAUGAAUCAGAAGAAGAACAAGGAAUAAAAAAGCUAACUGUGGAGGGACAAAAUAUGAAUAGUAAGAGAUCUAAACGUAAAAAAGUCAAACAAAAUGAAGAUAAUAGUUAUAAAAAAAUUGGAGAAAAAUCAAAAAAAACAAAAAAUAAAAAAACUAAAAACAAUAAAGAAAAUCAGGAUUAUGAAGAAACUGCUGGCAUUUCCACCCCUUCUAAAGAAAUUUUACCAAGAAAAUAUCUUCUCAUGGAAUCCAAUGCAUCAAAUCUUUUACCAAAAGCUUCCAAAGAAUUAGCUCAAGAUAAAACUAUACAAGUUUUUUAUGAAAUUAAACAUUUAGAAUAUGAUGCAAAUAAAAUAAUUUUGUUGAUUUCAUUUAUUAAUAAGGUAGAAAGCAUUGUAAAAGAAUUAGUAUUUAAUGUAAUGGAUACACCUACCUUACAGUUAGAACGAAGGUCAAAAGACGAAUAUGGAAUUAAAAUGACUUUCCUAUUGCUUCCUUUAAGCUCAAAUGAAGAACAUAUUGCAAUAUUAGUAUCUGAUGUAACAUUUCCUCAAAAACUUUAUGGUACUUUAACAUACAUAGUACAAGACUUCAAUUAUACAAUUCGGGAGAAACUUGAUUUUAUAUUGCAUUUACCUUGUAGUAGUUUUAUGAUUAAUUUAAUAUCGCAUGACGAUAUACUUUCGGAAUUGUUAAAAAGUGGUCAGCUUUUGUAUAAAUUGAGAAAUCAAAUCACUAUAUGUCAAGAGUUUAGUGAUGCAUUAAAAAAUAUUUGCAAUGAUUGUCAUCUUACGCUCAUUGAGCAAAUGGAUAAAUCAACUUCGUUAUAUGGACAAUCUCUAAAAGGACACCAUGUUUGUCUUUUAUUCAAACAAAAUUUGAAGACAAAUACAUUAAUAAUAGAAGGUAAAAGUGAUAACAGAUCACUUCUUUCAGAAAUUCAUAAUGAAAUAAUACAAAUAUUAACUUGAACAUUUAUAAACGCAGAUUUUAA